AAUACUCAUUAUUAUCAUUUCCUCGAAAGAAUUUCUCAAUUACGCUUUCUCCAUAACUUUUUUUUUUUUUAAUCUCUAGAAAAUUUUCUUGGUUGUAGAAAAAAUGUCGGGUCGAGGAAAAACGCUUGGAUCUGGUGCGGCGAAGAAGUCUACCUCUCGUAGUAGCAAGGCGGGGCUUCAGUUCCCCGUGGGUCGUAUCGCUCGAUUCCUCAAAGCCGGAAAAUACGCCGAACGUGUUGGUGCCGGAGCUCCGGUCUAUCUCGCCGCCGUUCUUGAAUACUUAGCUGCCGAGGUACUUGAACUCGCUGGGAACGCAGCAAGAGACAACAAGAAGACCCGUAUAGUUCCUCGUCACAUUCAGCUUGCUGUGAGGAACGAUGAGGAACUAAGCAAACUACUUGGAGAUGUGACCAUUGCCAAUGGAGGAGUGAUGCCUAACAUCCACAAUCACCUUCUCCCCAAGAAGACUGGUCCCUCUAAGCCCACUGAUGAAGACUAGGAGAUCUAUUUACAAAGAUAGAUAAUUUCGGAAAAUGGUUGAUGUCAGUGAGUGAUCAAGCAAUGAUUAGUCGAAAAUGCUUAGGGAUGUUGUCUUUUUUUUGGUUACUCUCUUAUUUGUUUUUCUUUCCUCUGCAGCAAUGGAAGCUGAGUGGUUGUAUUAGUUGUAAGGAUACAUUGUUUCACUUUGUGUGAAUAUAUGAAGAAAAUUCUCUUCUUUUCGUCAGUAA